ACCAAGGGUUAGGGUUUUGCUAGGGUGUUUGAACUUUGAAGCGGCGAAGAAAGCAGUACCAGCAUCUGUUGUCAAUUUUCUCGAUCAUCAAUGGCGAAAAAACGAGAGAGACAUCAAAAUCCAGAACCUUUCUUAUCGGAUGACACCAACAAAUCUGCCUCCAAGAAGCGCACCAAACCCGCUAAACAGCAUCAGAGCGAAGAAAAGCUUAUAUCGGCGGGCAUGAGCUCCAAAAUUUUAAAGGAGGCUUUACUUCAACAAAAGGAGAUUCAGGAUGAGGCAGAUGCCGAAAACCCUGAUAACAUUGUUUUCCCGGAAGAACCUAUUACCCAGACUCAAGUAGACGAAGACGAUGAUGUUGACAACUUUGCUGGAUUCUCUGAUAAUCACAGUCAAUUUGGCGGUUAUGAGGAAGAAAUUAACGAGGAUGAAGAGAAGUUACUUGAAGCCUUCUUCUCCAAAGAUGCUGGUCCUCAGCAAACAUUGGCUGAUGUCAUUUUGAGGAAGAUCAAACAAAAAGAUCAAAUGCCUCCAGGUUUAUCUGCAGUACUUCAACCAUCGCCUAAAUUGGAUGAUUCCAUCAUAGAAAUAUACAAGAGUGUUGGAGAGAUUUUCAAGAAAUACACCUCAGGAAAACUCCCAUUGGCCUUCAAAAGCAUACCAGCAAAACAAAACUGGGAAGAACUUUUAUACUUGACAGAACCCGAAAAAUGGUCACCAAAUGCUGUUUAUCAAGCCACCAGAAUACUUGCUUCCAAUAUGAGUUCAAGUAAAGUGACAAAGUUUUACAAAUUUGUUUUACUCCCUCGUAUCAGACAAGAUAUACGCAAGAACAAGAAGCUUCAUUUUGCAUUAUAUCAAGCUUUGAAAAAGUCUGUAUACAAACCAUCUGCCUUCCAUAAGGGAAUCUUGUUCCCACUAUGUGCUUCUAGGACCUGUAACUUGAGAGAAGCUGUUAUUAUUGGAAGUAUUCUUCAAAAGGUCUCAAUUCCACCACUUCAUUCCAGUGCUGCUCUAAUGAAACUUGCAGAAAUGGAAUAUGGUGGCACAACAAGUUAUUUUAUAAAGAUAUUGGUUGAGAAGAAAUAUGCUUUGCCAUAUAGAGUUAUUGAUGCAAUGGUUGCACAUUUUAUGAGAUUUUGUGAGGAUUCCAGGGACAUGCCUGUCAUUUGGCAUCAGUCACUUCUUGCAUUUAUGCAAAGGUAUAAACAUGAACUCACAAAGGAGCAAAAAGAUGACAUUAAUUAUCUUGUCAAGAAGCAGAGACAUAAACUGGUGACACCUGAAAUUCUAAGAGAGCUGAAUAAUAGCAGAAUCCGUGGGGAGAAGGAGGAUGAUCUUAUGUCUUUAUAUAUCCUUCCUUUUUGUUUAAUUAAAGUUUUACAAUUUCCUCAUAUUUUAUUUUGGUAAUGAUGGAAUCAGAGAAAGAAUGGAAUGUAAUGACUUAUUCCAUUCCAUCCAAUGAAACAGGUGUGAUUUGAAUUCAUUCUCCUUAACUCUUGUAUCACCUUCCCCUGUUUCUGUGAUGAAUAAAACCAUAGAUGAAGACCGAUUUGAUAUUCCAGAUGUGCCCAUGGAAGAGGAUUAAUUUUCAGAAGCUCACUUGCCCUUUUUGGAUGCGGAUUAUUUUAUGAAGUGUGAGGAAUAUAAUUAGCAGUUUUGUAGAAAAUACUUUGUAGUGUGUAUUGUUUUAACUGUUUCUGAAAUUAUUUAUAUGUUUGCAAAACUAUUUUUUUACAUAGGCAUAGGCAUGUUUGAGGUUAAAUGUAAAAUUUGACCACUUUGUGAGGGUGGAAUGCUAAUUUUGAAAGUUGAGAGUAUUCUUUGGAAAUAAGUGUAAACUUGUCUGCUUCAUCUGUUCCUUACCUUUGCAUUUUUUUACGUCUUUUCAAAUCCA